UCAGAUUUAGUGUAUUCAUCAACAAAAAAUGUUGGCAUUUUUAUUGUUAUUUGUAGCAAUGUUGGCUUUAUGCGAUAUCUUUUGGAUUAUCAAGUGGAGAUAUACAAAAUGUAAAGGUGUUCUGCCUCCGGGUUCCAUAAGAUUGCCUUUUGUAGGGGAGACACUUGAGUUAAUCUUUCCUAGUUACUCUCUGGAUAUUCAUCCUUUCUUUAAGAAAAGAAUUCAAAAGUAUGGACCUAUAUUUCAAAGUAAUAUAGCAUGUCAGCCGAUUGUGAUUUCGGUAGAUCCGGAGUUCAAUAAUCACAUCAUAACUCAAAACGGAAUAUCGGUCGAGUUGUGGUACUUGAGUACAUUUUCUAAGCUAUUUGCAUUAGAAGGUGAAUCGAAAACUAAUAUUACAGGCUCUAUUCACAAAUUUAUACGAAAAGCCAUUUUAAAUCGACUGGGCACAGAGAGCCUCAAAGAAAAAUUUCUUCCACGGAUAGAAAAUAUGGUGAAGGAAACUCUAUAUUCAUGGUCUAAUCAAGACGUUGUUGACGUAAAAUAUGAUGUUUCCUCGACAAUUUGCAAUUUUACAUAUAAGCUACUUUGUGAUUAUGAUGGCAAAGGAUCACAUGACAAAUUAAGUGAGAGUUUUACGAUAUUUUCAGAAAGCCUUUUAGGUUUUCCAUUGAAUAUCCCCGGUACUAAAUACCAUACAUGUCUCAAGAACAAAGAAACAGUGUUGAGCAUAUUAAGAAAGAGGAUCGAACAAAAACGUGCAUCACAAGUUGAAAAGCAGGCAGGAGAGGAUGACUUUUUAGAUCUAGCGUUGAAGCAGAAUGAAAUCGACAGCUACUUCACAGAUGAUUUCAUCAUGAACCUUCUUUUUGCUUCUCUGUUUGCCACCUUUGACUCAAUCUCAAUAAUAAUAAUUUUAAUGCUCAAGCUUCUUUCCUCUCACCCGCCGGUGUUACUACAAUUGAUGGUCGAACAUGAGAGAAUUCUCCAAAACAGACGUCCAGAUUGUCCAAUUACAUGGGAGGAAUAUAAAUCAAUGACAUAUACUCACCAGGUCAUUUAACUGUUUUCUUUUUCAAAAUUUAGAAGCAUUA